AUGGAUCGAUUGAAGACAAAGCGUUCGGUUCGACGGACGAAGAACACCAAGCUGAUCAACGAGGUGUGUUCCUUGCUUCAAGAGCCCGACGUGACCGUGACUGCCCUCAACGGCCUUCGUGAUCGUCUCAUCGCAAGCAACGACGAACUGAAGCAACUUAACGUGCAGAUUGACCCCCUCGUUGCGGAUGAAGAUCUGGAGGCCGAGUACUCUACCGUCGGAUACUACGAGGAUGAGUUCGUGAAAGCCCUGAGUGACAUCAAGAGUAAGUUGGCUGCUUUACAAAUGUCAUCAAGCGCGUCUGCUCCUGUCAACAGCUCGGCGACCGGCCCCGAAAAGCCCCGCAACACGGGUGUAAAACUUCCUAAACUUCAGUUGGUUCAGUUCAAGGGAGAAUUAUCACAGUGGCAACAGUUCUGGGAACAAUUUGAGGCGACAGUCCACAACAACGAUCAACUGUCGGAUGUAGAGAAACUGCAGUACCUGCGUUCGCUUCUGGUUGGCCCAGCAGCCACUGCAAUAUCAGGAUUACAGUGCACAGCAGCGUGCUACAAGGACGCGCUGGACAUUCUCACCCAACGUUUCGGAGACAAACGCCGUAUCGAACGUGAGCAUCUCCACAAUCUGAGACACCUUCCUCGCGUGAAGUCGUCAGAAGAUGUUCCGGCGCUCCGAAAGCUGUACGACCGGGUCCAAACGAACACACGCGGCCUGCAAUCACUUGGGGUCUCCAGCACUACAUAUUCCUCCAUGAUGGUGGACAUUCUUUUAUCGGUGCUUCCGUCCGACAUCGUGGUUGAAUAUCACUGA